GCUACUCUGAAUAAGUGCUGCACGUCCAAGCACACUGGAUUCGACAAGUGCAGUGCUUACCUUGUGUAUAUCUUCCAUGGGAUCGCCUUCAUGAAGAAUUAUGACUACACCGCUCUAAUUUGGAGUGAGUUCUUGGAGAUGAGGAGAAGGAAAUUCGACACUAAUCUGAUCAAACAUCUACCAUACAUGAGAUGGUUCUCCCUGCUGGUGCGACACUUCUACAGAACAAUUCCUACAAUUCAAAGGCGCAAAUCAUCUGAGAAUGUCAGCACUCCAGCCCUCCAAUACUUGAAGAGAAUGCCAGAGGUACGCUCACUGGUACCAUUACCUAUUCCUGUCCCUCUCCUCCUGCUAGCCGGUCGAAAUGAUCCACAUGUCAUACGCUACAGCGAGGAGAACAACAUAAUACUCCCUAUGGCUCAGAUAAACCCCCCUGAGCCUACCCCGGGGAGUCAGCCGAGAGUAAGUGAGGGUCCUGAGAGUUCAACCCGGCCACAGAGACCAGUGGCAAGCCGGCCCCAUGAUGAUCAGACUAUGUCUGCUGAGGGCCACACCCGUGCUGAGGAGUUUACCCGUGAUUCGCCAAGCGUAGCCACAACACAAGACGCUGACGAUGAGGGCUCUGGGAGCAAGGCUGAGGACGACAACGAUGAUGAUGAUGAGGACGACGACAACGCCAAUGCAAAGGGCAAGAAAGUCGAGAAAGCCCGCGCUAAGAAAGGACGACUCGUUAUCAGGCUUUCUCGGGCUACAACACAAGAGCAGUCUCACCAAAUCAAGGACACUCAAGGAAAUAUCAUCAGUGAGACUCGCUCCAAGGUGCGUCAUGAUCUUGCCUCAUCAUCUACUCCUGUGCAAAGAGUGCAAACCGCGAGCAACCUGGCGGAAGAGUUAGCUUUGUACGACAGCUGCUCUGACCUAGACACAAUAAACCGGGCUAACCCCAUAGGUGCAGAAACUGAUAUUUUCAGUUUCCGAGUAGAAGACGCAGCAUCUAGCCCAACUGCGCAUGCACAAGCCUCACCUAGCCACUCUGCUGCCUCCCAACAGGUAGUAGUUUCACAUAUAGGGGAUCUUUUACCCACCUCGCUGCCUCCUUACGAAGCAGCUGAGGAUUUACUUUGUGGUCUUCCACCCCAGACCACUACCCCUCCUUCUAGCACAUUGAGUCUAGUUUCCACCAUCCCAACAUUUUCCACAUUUUCUAGGACACAUACACUGCUCACACCACCGCACACGACAGGUGCACUUUACUUGUCCUCAACGAUCGGAGAUACGUCAAUGAUGAUCGGAAGUCCUGCUGCUCAACAGAUAUCUCCAUCAUUAUCUGCAGGCCACACAUCGGUAAUCUUUACUGAUGCUGUGACAACGGUUACUACCCCUGUAACCGGACACCCUGACCCCACCGACCUUUCUGUCAUUUUGCAGCGUUUCUUGGAUUCCACCAUUAAACCAUGGGUGCACGAAGCAAUAACCGCUCGGGCACAGGAAUUCAGGAACACCCCGGCGUUGCUAAAUGACAUCAUCCAACCCCAACCAUCAUCCUCACAUACCCAAGAAACCCAACCACUUCCUAUCAUACCUACCCAACAAACCUCUGAACCAUCCACAACCCUACCCCACUCACCUACUGCUUCAAGGGGAACCCAGGAUACAGAACUAGUGUCCUCCCCUACUUCGACCACACCUUUUCCUGACCCUAAAACUUUACCGUUCGAGGUACUCGAGAACCUUAUGCUAGAUCAACUACUAGCCACCGAAGAAGGCAACCUAACCCGGAAACAAAAAGACCUUCUUCGGAUCCUUAAGCCUGACAGCUCAUGCCGUGAUAGUCUCCUCGGUCACAAACGUUCGCAUGAGGACCCCGAUGACUCGGAUCCUCAUGAGGGGGAGAACAAGAGACAAAGGACACUUGAGCGUGAUGCGUCAACCAGCCAACCCUCUACGCAAUCCAACCAACCUGAAUCCUCGAACAAUCAGCCCCCACCAUCCACUCAUCAUAAAAGCCAAACAGCCAACUCACCCACAUCUAGCCUGGUCGAGCUAGAAACAACACUCCUAGGCUCAUCUUUCAUAGAUGUAGACCAAGGAUGGAGUGGAAGUCCUGAGGUUGCUACUUCGAGUACACCUUUCUACUCAGGCCAUCAGAAAGAACCUAGUUCUAAUCUGAUGAUAACGGGUAAUCCAAGUGAUCCCGGUGUUACUAUUGACAGAGCGCCACAACAGCAGCAAGCUCCCUCUAGCCAACCUGAUGAUCGAAUGCAUGACGAACUUGAAGAAAUUCUUGUUCACAACAAGUGGUCUCGGCUAUGGACGAAUGUGGAUGAAAUACAGCAAAGAGCCUAUCUCAGAGAGCUCCUAGCUAAAUGUGCUGCUGAUGUAAUACUGCUUAAUGAUGAUGAACUUAAGGAAGGAGAAAACUAUCAGGAACCUCCCAAGGAGCUGGAAUCCAUCAUAAGACAAACAGCAGCUCGAAUGCCCAGGAGUGAAAAGCCUUGGGAGAAUAUUAACAUCAAUGCUCCUUUCCAAGAGGAAAUCAGAAAGCGUAUAUGGCGGAAAGAUGACGAAGUCAAGGAAUUGGACGAAUUGAAAAUCUGUGGACUCAAUCAUCUGAAAGGAAAGAACAAGAGUGGUCAAUUGUUUCUGCUUAGUCAUCAUUACAUGGGGAAACAGAGAGAAGUAUGGCAACAUGAACUGCAAACCGCAAAAGACCCAGUAUGGAGUAUACUAAAUGUAGCCGAAAUAAAUUAUCAAGACAUCCCACUCUCUGUUUACCGCCUGCAACGCUUCGACGGGACGGAAUUUACCUGCAAGGAAAAUGACCUUUAUAUGUUAAAGAUGGAUGACAUCUAUCAUAUGUAUCUAGCCUUCCAGGAAAUUCCAGUCACCUGGGACAAAUCUACACAAGAGGGAUUCAAGGCACUCAAGCGCUUCAUGAUCAGACAAGCCAAAUUCUUUGCUUCCCAUGAUCUUCAGAUGGCCCUAGAAACAAAUCUGCCAAAGACAAACCUCUCAAGACCAAAGCUUUACGGGCCAGAGCUUGAGAACUUCCCAGCUUAUUACAUUUUUGAUCGUCCGUUAGCUAUCAUCUACCUGAACUACAAAGGUGAGAGGCGUUUGUUGGUGGCAGAAGAAAUCAACAAGUACUGUGACGGAACGCUGAAGAUCAUUAAGGAAAAACUGCAACCUAUCAGAAAAGAAUUUGAAGAAAAACAACAGAAGUAUGCAGAUGCCACAGAUGACGAACUAACAGAAGCAACCAGAAUUGACAAAGUGUUGAAAGCCAUCGAGAAACAACUUGACAGAAGAAGAUCUCUCAGAAAUUACGAGCAUGCACUCAAUCUUAGAAAGCAUUAUUUUAAAGCUCAGAAGUGAAGAAAAGAAGAAGCAAGAACAUCUGAUCACAAAGGGGGAGAUUGUUAGAGAUAUUUUCAUUAUAUUGUGAUCAAUGUUUCUUAGCUAUUUAUAUUUAGCAUCUUAAUUUUAUAGAUUAGCUAGAAUAAUGAAUAGGCCUUUUAAGGCAAUUUGUAAUAAAAGGUUUUAUACCUUUUUAGGUAUGGGCCUCCUAGAAAAAGGAGCCCAAAUGAUUGUAAAACCUACCUUUCCCGUCGGGCUAUAUAUAUGCCUUAAGGGAAAGGCUAGGUUAAGCUUUUCAAUACAUUCUCUGUGCCGCAGUGCCUAUUCUCGUGUAAGGUUUUCAGGCUUAGACAUUCAUAUCAUUCUGUAAAACCUUCACAUCAAUGGAAAGCUUCAAAUCAUAGAUCUAUCUUCCAUACAUACAUUUUAUAGACU